AUGGACCUCAAGGGCAUGGUGCUGAUGGAGUGGCUGACACAAGUGAUUCUGAUGGCAGCGACGGCAGUGGCGUUUGUGGCCGGCUGGGUGGCGGCGUCGUUUGCAGUGGCCAUGUAUGUGUUUGGCGCCGGAGUCCUUGUCGCGCUGGCCGUUUGCACACCAGACUGGGGCUUCUACAACACCGCGCCCAAGACCUUCCUUGAGCCCGUUUCCAGCGACGAGGCCCAGUUCAACAUCCUCGACCUGUUCCCGUCCGAGGCUGCCAAGACCGCCGCCGAAAUCCGGGUCUCGGGUGGCGAGGUGCCGACAAGGUACAACGGGAGCAGCGGGAAGCGGCGGAAGCGGUAAAGGUAAGCCGGCGAUGGCGCAGAGAGUUGGGCACAUUUAUGCGGGAGCCGCACACAUAACACAACACAUGUCACCGC